AAUUACUGCGAAUCAAUUCAAGCCGAACCAGUCGACAGUCGAUGUAUCGGAGCCAUUAAAAACGGUCGUGAUAAGUUCAAUCGGUGCGCGAUUUUUUGCGUAACGUAGAAUGUAGGCGUCCAUGUCUGUGAUCAUCGACGAGGCCUGCCGGAUCUGCCACUCAAGUUCCAAAAUCCUAGAACGGACAACCUUUAGAGCAAACUAGCAAGUUGCUUGCUAGUCUGACAGGAUUCAAAAAUGCAAAAUUGGAAUCAAUGGCAGCUGUCAGCUGGUGCUGUUACAACUCCAGUGCCGCAGCCACCAGUUGGCUAUGCUGCAGCAGCUGGCGCAGACCCUAUAACUUUGAUGCAAAAUUGUAUGCAAUAUUAUAAUCAACCAGCACCAAGUGGAUAUACACCAGAGCAAUGGGCAACUGCUCAACAACAAGGCUGGGCUCAAUGGCAGCAAUGGCAACAACAAUAUCAACAAUGGCAAGCACAAUAUGGCGACAAGUACCAGGAGACGAUGAAGCAUUUAUCUGCGCAGAAUAUGAGUUUGUCAGGCCAAAUGCAACUGCCUCCAACUAUACAGCCACCGCCUCUCCCCAAAGAGGAUGUGCGACCUCCUUUACCCUCCGCUUUACCUACCACAAAUACAUAUCAAUUUGCAAACAUGCCACCUCCACAUCAAAAUAAUCUUCCGUUAUUCCCCAUAAAAGAAUCUGCCAAUAAAACAAUAUCACAAGUGAAUGUGACAAACUAUCCUACGAAUCCACCGUUACCUACGAGCCAGCCACCCUUACCACCGGAAACUGGCGAGAGUAAGGAGAGUAUCUCGGUGGAAAAAUGUGGUAGUAAUGUAAUUAGUGAAUCCAAUAGUGCUAAAAAAUUAAAGCUCGAAGAUGACGAAUUGACUGAGGUUGAGAGAACAUUUGAUGAACAGUUUCAACAGUGGGAAGAGCAGUUUAACAAGUGGAAGCAGCAGAAUGCCAAUCAUCCGGACAAGAUUCAAUACAAGCAAUACGAAGCAAAGUGGACAUCGUGGCGUGAAAAAUUGAUUGAACGGCGCGAGCAAAUGCGUAAAAACGUGAACAAAGAACAAAUCGCAGCGAAAACGGAAGCCGAAAAGAAUAAGAAUAUAUCUGGCGACGAUAAAAUAUUGAAUAUCUUAUCAAACACCAAAAAUCAACGAUUGAUUAAUAAUGUAUUGGAUAUCGGACAAACGCUGGGUUUGACAGUAAAGCAAAGUACUACGGCACCUUUACCGCCCCCGCCGCCGCCGCCUCCACCAUUACCGGAAACUACAAAUUCUAACGAUCAACCUACAACUCAAGGAACGCAAUCAAUUUCGUCUCAAAUAAACAUGAUCAGCAGAUCUAAUGUGCUAUCAUGGUCUAAUCCGCAACAAUGGGGAAAUCAGCAAUAUAAUCCUAGAAUAGAAGCAGGAUACGGAACACCUACAAUGUCCUCAGCGUCGGAUGUUGGUCUACCUCAAAUGAUCUCACCAAAUUUUACACAGCCACCACCAAAUCUGUCAAACAAUCUCAUGCCAAAUUUUUCGCAACCUCCACCAAAUUUCUCUAAUAAUGAUCGACCGCAAUUGCAAAAUGCGAGAGUGCUAGGUCCAGCAAAUAAAGAUUGUCCUCCAUUUACUUCGACUGAUCCUUCGAACAUGGACAUGCGUUUUAUUCAUCCAAACAAUCGAUCGUCUCAUAGUUUUGACGGACAGCUCAACUUUCGAAGAAGUGAUCAGGAACGUUUCGGACGAGAAGCUAAUAUCAAUUCAAAUAUAAAUGAGCAAGAUCAGUUUAAACCUACUGAUAGUUUUGAUAGAAUCGAAGCGCAACGCUUUAGAAGAAGCGAUACAAAUUACACUGACUUCGGGAAUAAUCAAUUGAAUUCACAGAAUAAUUUCAAUAUAAAUAACGAGCGAUUUGGAAUAGGAAAUGAUCGUUUUAAUAGAGAAAAUAAUCGAUUUGGACUGAUGGGAAGUGAUAGGUUCUUAUCGGGAGGUGAUCGAUUCGGAUCAAAUAAUGAUCGACUUGGUCUAGGAUCAGAUCGAUUCAGUAACGAGUGGCUUGGACCGGAUGGCGAUCGAUUUAAAACUGGUUUUGGGAUAGAUAAAGAUCGUCGUGGGCCUGCAAACGAUCAAUUUGGUCCAGAUAAUGAACGAUUUCCACCAGAUAGAUUUGCUUCAAGUGCUGAACGAUUUGGACCUGGGACUGAUAAUUUUUCCUCUGAUCGCUUUGGACCCAACAGCGAUCAUUUUCGCUCAAACGAUCGAUCAGAUCGAUUCAACAAAAGUAAUGUGGAUUAUUUUGAUUCAAAGGAUGUUACUGAUCAUAGACGAGAUAGUUUCGGUACUAAUCUUCGUGGUUUUAAUAGAAAUCCUUCAUUUAGUCCACCGAACGAGUUAUCACCGGAACUGAAGAAACUCAUGGAAAAGCGGAAAGCCGCCGGGGACGUAUUCAGACCUAGUUUCACUGAUUCCGACAAGUCUAGUAGUGUUGGUUCUCUCAGUGAAAUUUUCAAGAAAAUAGCUGGCGAGUCACCUUUUAAAAGUUCCUUUGAUCUUCAAAAGAAUUUACCAAAUCGUAGUGGAUCAAUGAACUUUUCCAACAGUGGACCAGUGAGCUCCAAUUUUCAAUUACAUUCCGAUUCAGGACAGAUUUCCACUUCAUUGUAUGGUCCACGAGGUCACUCUUUUAAGAAUGAUGAUGAAUCUUCUUUUAGAGGAUCUUCAGAUAACUUAGUCAAACAUCCUGUAGAUUAUAACGAACGAUUAGGAAAGGAUAUAGAUGUUAGAUCUAAUCAAUCCCAACCAAUCAAUAUUCACUCUCAAGUUUCUGCUAAACAUCUCGAGAAUAUUGAAACUACUGAUUCUGAUACUUUAUUAAAAACUGAUAACAUUGCAGAUUCAAAGACUGUAGAAGCUGUACCAGCGAACGAGGCUGAUAGUGCUGAGCAGAAAAAUCUUGUAUCUGAAGAUAGCUCAAACAAGAAUGAUGCAGAAGAGAGCAAGUUUCUCAAUAGUGAUACUAUUUUGCAGCAAGAUAAGGAGCAUGAUAAUGAUCAAAUACAAAGUAGUGCUGAAAAAAUAGAAGAGUCUAAUAACAGUAACGAUACCAAAAAGUCUGAAAGUUUACCAUUUAUGGGUGAAAACGAUCCACGACCGACAGAUUUAAAUAUUGAACCACCGCCAGAAUUGCCCAAUUUGUGCCUUAUUUCUACAAACUCCAAUCAGAACGCGUCGCUGAAUCCAAACGAAGAUUUUAAUAAAAAGGAACCAGCUGGCAAAUUUGAUGCGCGCUUGGAUCAUAACUUUGGAUUUAGAGGAAUGGAAUUUACAUCUAGCACACCGUUUGAACGGGGACCACCGAUGUUUGGUCCUAAAGGUUCUCACACAUUUCCAAUGGGUCCUGGUCCGAGUACGUUCCAGCCGCAAGGUCCUGCAGACACACAGUUGGCUCCGCGUGGUUCCCAUGACGGUCCUUUCGGGCCUAAUGCAUCUAGUGAAAGUCGAGGCAGUCCUGGGAGAUUCAACAAUGAGCAGUAUAGCGAGCGAGAUCGUAACGACGAAUCAUCUGAAGUGUUCAACAGCGGUCAAUUCGGCUCACGAGAUACCAUGAACGAGCAAUUUGGUUCGCGAGCUCUGGGAAAUGGAAAAUUUGGUCCAGGCAGACCUAUCGAUCUGCGAGGCUCGAUUGAUUUGCCGUUUGCUGCGCGUAAUCCUAGCCAAUUUGGUCCUAGAGGUAACGAAAUGCAAUUUAGACCUAGAGGCGCUAAUGAUCGCUUAGAUUCUAGACCAAUUUUCGAAGGACCAUUUGGUCCGCGAGGAUUUAACGAUGGAUCAUGCGGUUCUAGAGAACCCAGUGAUAGUUUUUUCAAUACUCGACGUCUCGCUGAUCCGCAACUCGGCUCUGUUGGAUCCGUCCUAAACAGAUUCAGUAAGAAUGAAUGGGACACC